AUGAGGGAUAGCGCAGGGUGGGGGAACACAGCGCAGGGUAGGUAUAGUGCUUCAACCAGAUUGGAAAAGGACUUGAGAGUUUGGAAUCGUGAGGAGUACGUGCGCCUGGAGCGGGAUUCGUUCAGUGUGUUUGUGGACAGAUUACCAUGUGACAUUUCAAAACGGGAGUUAUUUGAUAGGUUUUCUUGGACGGGGAGGAUAAACGAUAUCUAUCUUUCAAGGAAGAUGAGGAAUGGAGUUGUUUACCUGUUCGCGUUCAUAAGGUACACUACGAAGGGGGGAGCUCUGAAAGCGGUUGCAGAGAUGAAUCACUUGCGAAUAAGGGGAUCAGAGAUUUUUGUAGGGGAAGCCAAAUAUAGGAGAGACGAGUCAAAGGGGCGGGGAGCUAUUGUUGAGGGGAUGGCUGGGAGUCGGAUUCAGCCCAAGCAGCAGGGGGUCAAUGUUGGCAAAGAGAUGCGUGCAGGGGAUCUAAUGUCAUCUGAGCACAGGAGUCAUGGGGUUGGUCGGAUGCCUUUAGUCAAUUCAGCCCCUACACCCGCAGAGGGGCCACUUUUGGUGGAGAGGAGGGGAUUGGAGAUAUCUGUAUCAAAGGAUAACUUAGAAUGGCUGAAUCGGAGUGUCGUUGGGAGUGCCACGAGAGCAUUCAAUGUUCGAUCAUUAAGCGAAUCAGUCCGGAAGGUUUGGCCGCAAGUUGUGAAAAUUUGUGACAUGGGGAAAUAUAAGGCUCUGUUGAUCUUUGAUAGUGUCCAAAGUGCAGAGGAGGCACUGGAAAGCUCUGGCGAUGGGAUCCCGCAGAUUUUUCAUCAAGUCUGCCGUUGGAAGGAACGGGAACGCUGUGACAAGAGAAGGGUGUGGCUUACGUGUUAUGGGGUUCCGCUGCAUGCUUGGACGGUAGAGACUUUCUGUGCAAUUGGGGGCCAGUGGGGAGAAGUGAUUGAGGUAGAUGCGGCAACACGCUCAGCCACAUCGUUCUGGGCUAGACGUGUGUUAGUUGAUACGUGGAGGUUAGAAACUAUCUCUGACAGCCUCCGGUUAACUGUUGGGUCGGGUGGCUUCGACGUCCAUGUAACGGAGUUGGGUGAGGAUGCGUGGGAACCAUAG